AUGUUGAGUAAAAAUAGAAAGUUGAGAACAGCAUACGAAAGUCUAGUCGAGUGCUUUAAAGAAAGUGACAUUCCGCCAAUACAUGAAAGCUGGUUGCAAAAUAUAACUUGCAAAAUCCCGGAAAAAUUGCGCAACGGAAAAGAAGCUGAGCUCAACCAGGUCCUGGUUGAGGUCCAAGCUAAUUUCUACAACAGUAUGCAGAAAUAUUUACUGCAACAAUCGCUAAAAAAGCCUGACAUACCGGGACUAGAAAUGGAUGAUCUAGAAGCCGUCAUCUUAGAACCAACUGGCAUGAAUUUCGCCAACCCCUGGCACAAGGACUAUAUCGCCCACAGAAUUGAGCUGCAGGAUCGAUUAAUGCUUCUUUAUCCACAGAUGACAAAAGUUCUCGAGAUGUGCGAGCGUUAUUUUGCACCUCUUUCGUUAGCAGAUGUCAAUGUAUUCCGCAAUCUUAUUAUUCGAACACACUUUGAUAGUGAAAUGGGUGCUGUGGAUUUUGACGUCAUCAAGAAACGUGUUAGAAUCGACUGCGAGAAGAACACCCAAUAUCUAAUGGACAGAUGGUUUCCGAGAAUUUGUUCUGUCUUCUUGGGGAAUAACCGUAUUCCUUCUCUAAAACAGGAGAGACUGACUGUAUUUUUCAACUGCACGAAUGUUCUCCUGUCGAAUAAAAUAAAAACUUUCCUUGAACGAAACCUCACUAGCUGGACUGACUUGUUUGAUGAGAACCAUAAGGAGAGACUGCCUGUGCUAAAAAUGUACCUCACCUUCGAAAACCAGUGCGUGAAGUUUUUCCCAGGUUACGAAGAUUUGGAGGAACUCCUGUUGUCAGUGGCCAAAUUUAUUGUGGACUGUUUACAAAAGGUGCCAACAAUGUAUUCCAUCGUCUCGCGAUUAGAUCCUCCCAGAUACGUCGAUGCCAAACUAGCACCUCACAUCAUUACUUCUGUUCACGAAAAACUGAAGCACGCCGCUAAGUCUUACUUUGAACCGGCCCUACAAUUCUUCCACAAAACUAUCGUGGAACCCUAUUCCUACAUUUUCGAUGGUACGGAGGCCAAAUCCGUCGACGAGUUCUUGAACGAAGACCCGGAAUUCAAGCUGUACUGCGCAUACGUAGCAAAACUACGAGGCCUGGCACAGGAGGUGACACUCCUUCAAGACGUGGAAUACUUCGACCUGAUCCGCUUAGACUGCGAAGACGUCAAGACGGGUCUUUCGAAGGAGUGCAUGCGAAUGGCGGGCGUUCUCCUCGAAAACGUCGCAAACAAACUGCGCCAAGUGAACAGCGAGAUUUGCGCGGGCUUCGAAGAGAUGCAGGCGAAGUGUCGCACCGUGCCCCAAUCGAGCGAGGAGCUGGUUGAACUCAGCGCGUACAUGGAGGAAGCGCGUUGCCAGGGUAUGGUCCGAAUGGAACAGAAGAUUCAGUGGACCCGGGAGUACCUCACUUACCUGCUGGAUGUGUACGAAUUCACUCCUGAGGACAUCCACAUCAACGGCCAGGUGAUCACCUGGAAGGCAAGGAUCAAUCCAGAAUUCGACGCCAACGACAAGAAGCGCGACCAACUGGCUAGUGACUUGAAGCGGCUGCGCAAUCGCGUGGACGAGUUCAACGACUACGGCGAGGUCAACCUGGAAAUGGUAACCCAGUACGUUAACGACGUGCGUGUGGUGUACAAACGCAUUGCCGAGGCGGAGAGCGUGCGCGAGUGGAUCAAUAAGGAGGAGAAGCUGUACCAGAUUCCCUUCUCACCGUUCUCGGAUAUUGAAGAUAUCAAGGCGCUGCUUGAUCCCUUCCAUCGCCUAUUCACAACCAUUGUCAGAUACUACAAAUCGGAGAGGAGGCAAGUGUUUUGUGAUCAGGUCACCAGUGCCAUUUUAAACAAACCUCGUCUUCAUCACACGCUGAUUGGCUGUCUCGGGUGGAUGUAUGGCGAAUUCGACAAGCUUGACGCCGAAGCCGUGGAGAGUGAGGUGGAAGAAACCUGGCGCGAGAUGUUCCGCCUGCAGAAGGUCUUCGACAGUCGGUUGAAGAAGAUGCGAAUGGAGGCAGACGAGAAGAACAGGGAGCGCAAGGAACGCCAGCGAAGACGCGCCACGGCCGAGAAGGGGGAAGCCGACGACGAAGACGACGACGAGAUCACCGAGGUCAAGCCGCCAGCCGCGAUCGACACGGUCGCCUUCAUGCUCGAACGGCUUCGGAAGUUCAAGGUCAUUUAUGGGGUUCUGUGUGAAAUCGUGCCGAUUAUUCGCAUUCUCUGCAAUCCGGGCAUUCGCCAGCGUCACUGGGACGCCAUGUCCGAGAUCGCGAACCGCGACCUCACCCCAGACAGCGGCACCUCCUUGUCCAAAAUGCUCCAGCUGAAUCUGACCCCCUACAUGGAGCAGUUCGAGACCAUCUCUGUGGGCGCGAGCAAGGAGCACACGCUCGAAGUGAACCUCAUCAAGAUGCGCGACGACUGGGCGGACGUCUGUCUCACCCUCAUCCCCUACCGCGAAGCCGGCUUCUCCAUCCUCUCCUCGGUCGACGACAUCCAGCAGCAACUGGACGACCAGAUCGUCAAGACCCAGACGAUGCGCGGGUCGCCGUUUAUUAAGCCCUUUGAGACACAGCUCAAGAAAUGGGAGGAGCAACUGCUUCGAAUCCAGAGCAUCAUCGAGAACUGGUUGGUGAUGCAGGCCAACUGGCUGUACUUGGAACCGAUCUUCAGCUCUGAGGAUAUCAUGCAGCAGAUGCCUGAAGAGGGUCGACUCUUCAUGGCGGUCGACAAGACCUACAGAGACAUUAUGCGCAACACAGCUGUCGACACACACGUCCUCAAGGCAACUUCAGUGAUUGGCCUGUUGGAGCGAAUCAAGGAGGGGAAUGCGCAGUUCGACAAGAUAAACAAGGGUCUAAAUGCGUACUUGGACAAGAAGCGCAUCUUCUUUCCGCGAUUCUUCUUCCUCUCCAACGACGAGAUGCUUGAGAUCCUCUCGGAGACGAAGGACCCCUUGCGAGUGCAGCCGCACCUGAAGAAGUGCUUCGAAGGCAUCUCCAAGCUGGAAUUCGACAAGAACCUCGAGAUCAAAGCCAUGUUCUCCGCUGAAGGCGAGAAGGUGACCUUUAGCCAGACAAUCGACACAUCGAGUUGCCGAGGCGCUGUGGAAAAAUGGCUCUUACAGGUGCAGGACGUCAUGCUUCUCUCAGUACAUGACGUUGUUGCCAAUUCCAGGGAGGCCUACGAUAGCGACCACCGCGACAUGUGGGUGUUGGAUUGGCCUGGCCAGGUUGUGCUGUGCGUGUCGCAGAUCUUUUGGACGCUUGAAGUGUCCGAGGCGAUCGCCUUCGGUCAGACUGAGGGUCUGGCCGGCUACAAGAAGAAACUCGACUCGCAGAUCGGGGCGAUCGUGCGUCUGGUGCGUGGCAAGCUCUCCGCGCAGGAACGCAUCACGCUCGGAGCACUUGUUGUCAUCGAUGUCCACGCCAGGGACACUGUGCAAAGCAUGGUUCUUAAUAAUGUGUCCGACGAAAACGACUUUGAAUGGCUCUCCCAACUGAGGUACUACUGGGAGGACGACAACUGCUUGGUUCGCCUGACCAAUGCGAUAGUGCCGUACGCGUACGAGUACCUGGGAAACUCCCCGCGAUUGGUCAUCACACCCCUGACGGAUAGGUGCUACCGCACGCUCAUUGGAGCGUACCACCUGCACUUGAACGGCGCGCCAGAGGGCCCGGCUGGCACUGGCAAAACGGAGACCACGAAGGACUUGGCCAAGGCCCUGGCGGUCCAGUGCAUCGUCUUCAACUGCUCCGACGGCCUUGAUUACAUCGCCAUGGGCAAAUUUUUCAAAGGACUCGCUGCGUCUGGCGCGUGGGCAUGUUUCGACGAAUUCAAUCGCAUUGAAUUGGAGGUGCUCUCUGUGAUCGCCCAGCAGAUUCUCUGCAUUAUCCGAGCUAUUCAGGCCAACUUAGAGGUGUUUGAGUUCGAGGGUACCCAGCUGAACCUCAACCCGAACUGCUACGUGUGCAUUACCAUGAAUCCUGGCUAUGCCGGACGGUCGGAGUUGCCGGACAAUCUAAAGAUCCUCUUCCGUCCCGUUGCGAUGAUGGUGCCGGACUACGCGAUGAUUGGUGAGAUUUCCCUCUACUCCUACGGCUUCAUGGAUGCGCGCAAUUUGGCGGGGAAAAUCGUCACCACGUAUCGACUGUGCUCCGAACAGCUCUCCUCCCAGUCGCACUACGACUACGGCAUGCGUGCUGUCAAGGCCGUCUUGCAAGCGGCUGGUAAUUUGAAGUUGAAGCUUCCUGAGGAAAAUGAAAUGAUUCUGGCAAGUUGUGAUUGGUUACUAUUUGAGCGAAUUCUCAUUGGUCAUCAUUUGGUACUAGCUCUUCAAGUUGUGAUUGGCUGA